AUAUACGAUAAAAAAUCGCGUCGUCGUCAGAUGAAUAUAUACGUAGGCCGCUAAAAUUCGAUAACUCAGCGUUUUCUCCAAAAAUAACUUUGAUAUCUUUAGAACUAUAGUCAUAUUCAUGGACGGCGCUCUAAAAAUAAACUUAUACCGAACGUUUUUGUUAAGAGUUAGCAGUUGUGCAGUGCAUUCACACGAGAUUAGCGAAAAAAUCGUAAUUAGCAAGGCAGUAGCAUUUGCGCUCCACAUACUUUUCCGUCUGCUAGAAGAUUGGAUUUAGGUACCUACCAAGCUCGUUGAUAUUUUAGUAUUGAGAACAUCAAGAAUUAUGGAGCACGUAGAAUAUGAACUCUGUGGGAACUGCAAUAAAGAAAUUCCUCAACCCAACUAUGUCAUGCACAUGGUCCACUGUUCCAAAAAUAUAAAGCUAUGUAAAAUCUGCCAAGAGCCUCAAUCAAAGCAAAAUUUUGAGAAGCAUGAAGAGGUCUGCAAAAAACAAAAAUACACUCCUCAGCCCCUACCAGCACCUCCACCAACAGAUAUAGAACGGAGCCCCUACUUUAGACAUCAGAAAAUAGUGGAGGAUAGAAAAGCUGAGGCUAGAAAGGACAGAUACAUGAAAGAAAUGACCAGAUUCGUCGAUUCAGGACAUAGUUUGGGCUCUUCUCAUAGCACUAAAAGUGCUCAAAAUGGAUAUAGUCAAAGCUCAAGUCAGAAUGGAUAUAGUCUAUCUUCGAGGCAAAGCAGUGUUUCUUCAAGUCAGAGUGGAAUAGGAACUCAAAAUGAUAGAGAUAGUUAUGAGAAAUAUCAAGAAAUUCCCAGAGAGCAGAAUGUUGAAGUAAAGAAAGAAACUGGAGCUGUAUCAAAACCAAAGGUUGACCCACCAAAAUCUACACCAUCUUCAGGAAUGUUAGCAUGCAAAUUUUGUGAUCUAGAACUGCCUAAACUAGAAUUAGAGGAGCAUGAAAACUACUGUGGUACCAGAACUGAUAGGUGCCUAGAAUGUGGACAAUUAGUUAUGUUCAAAGAUAAGCAGGCUCACAUAGAUUCUAAUCAUGGACUUUCUGCGAGGAGAAAUAGGGACUCAUCGGUACGGACUUCUUGGGACUCCACAUCAGCAAGAAUAGCCCCAACCAUUGACGUACCAGAUUACACUCCUCCCAGAAGAAGGUCUCCACUCCUUGAUUCACUUAACCCAUUGGCAAACUUUGAUUACGAUCCAAUGCCAUAUUUGCCGUCGGCCUAUCAAACGCGAGGAGGGGCACCAAAGAAGAAAGAUGGAGAAAGUUAUAAGGAAAUAUCUAGAAGAUUGGACUGUAAAACAGAAUAUAUAAGGAAUUUACUCCAUGAUUCGGCGUGUAUCACAGCACCUUUAAGGCGUAACGGUCUCUCACCUAGAAAUCAUUUCUAUCAUGAUACAGGUCUAAGUGUGGGUUCAGGAUCCCAUUCUGGAAAUGUAUCUCCUAGAAGAAACCCCCCAACAGAAAUAAUCAUCCCAUGUGAAAUUUGCGAAGCUGAAAUACCUCACAAAGACCUCGCAGAACACAUGUCUGUCUGUCGAAUUGAUUUCUCAAGAUAUAGAAGACGUCAACGAACUCCAGACUUCGAUGAGCGAGCAGCAGAACAACAAGCAGAAAGAGAUGCAGAAGAAGAGCUUCCUUGUGAGUUUUGUGGUGACAUGAUUCCCGCAUCAAGAUUACUAGGCCACCAAAUCAGAUGUUCCUAAUUGCACGGACUAAUGACAUGCAUAGUUUUAACGUGUACCUAAAUACUCGCAAAGUACUAAUCUAAUCACCGGGAUACAGUGAUUUUUGUCGAGUCAAGCUUCAUCAUAAUCAUCUGAAAGUUAAUUCCAAAAACAGAUCAACGAUGAAGCUCGAGUGUUUCAGCGAAGUGUAAGAUGGUGUCAGGGUACAAGUAGAGCGCAUUUGGACCUAGGGAUCACCAGGUUUUCCAAGUGUCUUGAAAAUAUAUGUGGGUGGACUUUAUAAUAACAAUAUUCGCUUCAAGUGUUGAUUAUAAUUUACAAGUUUUGUUUCUUUCAACUCAGGUUAUUACAUUUUUUGCUUAUCCAAAAUUUUGCAACCUAAGUGUGUAGGUGUAACAUUAAUUGAUGAAUAAAACACACUUUCUGGCUAAUGUUGAGUUCAAUGAGUUAAUCAUGUCGCUAGUGUGUAUAUCUAUUUUCCAGAAAAAGAAAUAUAUUAUAGCAUAAAGGAUAAACAGUGUGUUAACUGAAAGAUGGCAUGAUUACGUUUGCUUCACUUCUUUUUGUUUUUAUUGCUUUAACGGUAAUGAUUAGAAUUUUGUUUGGAGUAGAAAAAGUUAUGAGUGCUCUGGUAUAUUCUUUGUUAUGUUAGAUACAUAUAUACAUUUACAAAAUGUAAAUACAGGCUCGAAGGACCUGAGUCAAACUCAACUUUCAGACAGUGCUACUGAAAAUUAAAAAAAUGUUUAUCUCAUUAAGUGUACUUCAGUAGCAAUGAUUAAAAUGUUCACGGUCUACAAUCCUAACUGACUGUGAUUGAUUUUCAAAUUCUAUCAUAAGAAAGAAUGCAGUAAUUUUACUGUAAAGAACACAACAGUUUAAAAAAUACUUCAUUUAAAGCAAAUAUUUCAGUUUUUUACACUGUUAGAGUUUAAAAUAUCGUUCAUUAUUGUAUAUUUUAUUUUGGGAUUUUUUAUUAUUGGUUUUUAACAUGUUACAAAUCUAGCUGUAGGUUUUUUAUCUCUUUUGUUAAAUAUAUUGUUUAUCGUUGAUAGCUGCUUUAGUUUUUAAUGUUUCUUGUUCAAGGUAUACAAUAAAUUUUGCAUCAAA